GGUCACACCGUUGAAAACCUGCAAUAUUAGCAACAAUAUCAAGCAUUUGUCUUUUUAUUAACUUGCAGCAAUAAAAGAGCGACUCCAGGCACUUCCAGGCCACCCAAGGUUUUUCUACUCCAAGCUAAUCAGAGACAUCAUGUCCCAGGGCGGCGGCGGCGGCAGUGGCACUCCGGCGGGCGGCAAUCCCACGGCGCUCCAGGGCGUUGGCGGGGGCGUGGUCUUCAGUAAGGUCUUUAUACAGCGGGAUUAUAGCGAGGGCACCUCCGUGAAGUUCCACACGCGGUUACCUGCGGAACUGGACGGCAUGAUCGAGCGACACGUCUUCGAGGCCACCAUUAACAGGCUAAACGAAUUCUACGCCGAGGCGGAGGAGGGAUCCUGUGGCACCUAUUGCGAGGGCUGCAUUGGCUGCAUCACAGCCUACUUGAUCUACAUGUGCUCCGAAACGCACUACGAAAAGACCCUUCGCAAGAUAUCCAAAUUUGUGGCUUCCCAAAACGAACGCAUUUACAACCCCAAGGGCCUGCAACUGAUCGAUCCGACGUAUCGGGGUCUUCGCGUCAUAGAGAUUACAAUAUUCGACCGUCCGGGGCGAACGUGACUUCCGCUUUCCCAUUCGGCCAACGAGUUUUUCAUGUGAGAUCAACCAGCCACAGUCGCAUCAACAGGAGGAGCAUAAGGAUGAGAGAGGAGUGCGUUUCAGCAAAUAUCAAGCAAAAGUCAGCGCCAUUGUGUGUGUUUCCAAAAAGUUAAGAAGAAAAAGAAAACAACAAAGCUGUGGAAUCAGCUAAAGCUUUAUAACCUAUAACCGUAAUAUCUUGGCGGCGCAGCGGCCAGAGCGUGUUCCGGGGCAUGCGACUUAGUCACCGGUGUGCUGGGAGCACACCGCCUCCGCUGUAGCCACGUACGAUAUGCUAGAUUAGCCGUUAAUAAUUAGCCAAGGCAGGAUACGGCCAGUUAGUUAGUAUUUAUGCAUUAUCAGGCAGCGCCGGCGCGUUGGCGCUUAGUUCGUAGUCAUGUAAGUGAAAAGCUACCGAAACUGCAUUUUGAGCCGAGGCGAGCAUCAACAUAUACACACAUUCGCAUAUGUUACCAUUGUUCCAGCGAUAAUUAAUUGAUUUUUAAUUGAAAAUUGUAUACAUCUUGAUUGUACGUAGUCGUUACUAACAAUUCGCUUGUCAAAUGUUUUCAUUUACAUACAUAAUCGCAUAGUUUUGGGCUUAAUCAGACAAGGCAUAGGCAUAACGUUUUCUAUACAAACUCUUACCGAUUUCAAUCAGCGCCAAAUGAACUUACCCAUUAAACAAGUGAAGAAUUGUUCGAUUUUUAAUAUGAAUAAGCAACCUUGAUUAACAUAGUUGUCUAUCUUAUAAGAUAAAAUAUAUAUUGCCGUCAUAUAAACGAA